GAAUAUUUAGUUAGACAUUAAACAAUCAGUUUUUUAUUUUCGAAUCAAAACAACAUUUUUAACAUGAAGGCUCUACUAAUUUUAUUGUUUCUUUCAUAUACAACUGCCCAAUGGCUCUCAGAAUGCGGGAGAAGCAAAUACCCGAAUCCGGCUCCUGAGCAAAGAAGCGAUAAAUUUGACAGAAUAGUUGGAGGUUGGGAAGCGAGAGCAAAUGAAUUCCCUUAUCAAUUGAGUUUAAGAGUGUUUGAAAGCCAUGUUUGUGGUGCAGUUGUUAUCAACAGUAAUUGGGCUCUUUCUGCUGCUCAUUGUACUCCCAUUGGAUCUUUUAAUGGUUUAAUUAUUGUUGCUGGGGCUCACAAUAGAAGCAAUCCACUUAAUAAUGAACAGAGGUCGAAUAUCUUAACAGUAAUCAACCACGAGCGCUACACAAACCCAUUAAGACACUCAAAUGAUAUAUCACUCCUUCAAUUGGCUAAUUCUUUAGAAUUAAAUGAUAAUGUUGCUGCAGCUUGUUCUCCCAGACUCACUGAUUACGUUAAUGUUAUAGCUACUUCUUCUGGAUGGGGAGCCACUGUUUCUGGUGGUCCCAUUCCCCAUGUAUUAAGAUAUACUAACGUUGAAAUUUGGUCAAACAGCAGAUGUAACGCAUCAUAUCCAGGAAGCAUUGAUGAAAGCAUGGUAUGCGCCUCAACGCCCGGAAGAGAUAUAUGUCAAGGAGAUUCCGGUGGUCCUCUAGCUUACAACAACAACGGUCGAUUUGAAGUAGUUGGAUUAGCAUCAUGGGGAAGAGGUUGUGCCGAACCAGGAAACCCAGGAGUUUACGCCAGAGUUGCAAGUAAACUUGAAUGGAUAAGAGAAAAUACUGAAAGAAGACCUAUUCAGAUAGGAUAGUAACUAUUCUAUAAAAUAUUAAGAAUAUAAUACAUACCAUAUAUUCGUAUUUCAUAUUAACUUUGUAAGGUUAAUUUAAAGAGGAAAAUCAAUCUAAUUAAUAAUUUUUCUGAAGUAUUUGAUGAUUAGCCUUCUGUAGUGAUAAUUUUUAUAUUUUAUUCAACAACAAUUGUCGUAUUUCGCAGCCAUCAAUAAUGACAACAAAAUGGUGUUCAUAUCAAUUUGGUUUAUUUACUCUUCUAAUUCCUUUAACUGAUGGUUUUCUCUGUGACUUUAAAGGAAGAAUAUUAUUACACAACCUAGACAACGAGACUACCGCAAAUUAUUCAAUGAGAAUAGUAAAAGAAGAUAGAUAAAGAGUUUGAUAAAUGAUAAUUAUUCAACAAUUAUAUUUACAUCUUUACUUUUUCAGAUUAAAUCAAAUUAAUGAUGUUGUAGAGCUAAAUCAUUCAAAUUGUUAUUAUUAAAUAUCAUAGAAUAAAGCUAGUUUAGAAAUUUCAACACUUCUUCUCUUUCCAGAUUUAUCAUAUAUGCAAUUAUUGAAUAGAUGCUUACUGGAUAAAAAUUCACUAAUCUUUUUAGACAAACUUAGAAAUAGCCAAAAAUUUUACAAAAUGGAAAAUAUUUAUGAAAUUCCAAGAGAUAUGUUGCUCAUAAAAACCGCCUCUCUUUACAAUGGUUUUAUUGAUUUUUCAAAUGUUUACCUAAUUGUUUGUAAUUGUUUAUUUACAAAUUUCAAAAUGACUUUGUCUUAUGUUAUUUUGUAGAUAAAUAAAAAUGGUAAAUUUUAUAAUUUAAUCACUAAACACCUGGUUUCCGGAGAGGAAGAGAAAUUACAGAAAGAUAUGAUCAAUAUUGCUAUAUUUAUAAAGAAAAUCCUUCAAAAACGGACACAGUUUAUAUAAUUUUAUAAUUUUGCUAAUUCCA